AUGUUCUUUGCCUUUAGCCCCCCUUCUCCUCAUUCAGUGCCGCCACCAACGUCACCCGUUCUCCUCCUCCAGUGCCGCCACCGAUGUCACCCGUGUUCUCUUCCAACUGUGGUGAUUGAAGGCGAACACGGCGGUCCUGAAGCCCUUUCGAGGUUCUUCAAAGCUUUACGGCAGUGUCCCAAAACAGAGAGAGGAUCACAGCCGAACGAUGCACUCAAAAUAGAGAGAGGAUCAAAAUCAAUUGCUGUGAGAGGCGAACGGUGCACUCAUAUCUUCAGUGGCGAGACUAGUUCGACGUGGGCUCUUACUGGAGAAUCACUUCUUGUCACCAAGAGGACAGGUGAUGAAGUCUUUUCUGGUUCAACAUGUAAGCAAGGAGAGAUUGAAGCUGUAGUGAUAGCAACUGGAGUUCACUCUUUCUUUGGAAAAGCUGCACAUCUAGUUGAUUCCACUGAAAGUAUUAGUCAUUUCCAGAAGGUUCUUACUGCCAUUGGGAAUUUCUGCAUUUGUUCUAUAGUUGUGGGGAUGAUUCUAGAAAUCAUUGUCAUGUACCACAUACAGCUCCGUUCAUACAGAGAUGGAAUCAAUAACCUUCUUGUUCUAUUGAUUGGAGGAAUACCUAUAGCUAUGCCAACAGUAUUAUCUGUCACACUCGCAAUUGGUUCUCAUCGACUCUCUCAACAGGGCGCCAAUACGAAAAGGAUGGCAGCAAUUGGAGAAAUGGUUGGAAUAGAUGUCCUCUGUAGUGAUAAAACUAGAACUCUUACCCUGAAUCGCCUCAUUAUCGAUCAAAACCUUAUUGAGAUAUGGACAAAGACAUGAUUGUCCUGCUUUCUGCCAGAGCAUCAAGAUUGGACAAUCAGGAUGCCAUUGAUAUAGCCAUUGUUAACAUGCUUGCUGAUCCAAAGGAGGCACGUGCAAACAUCACAGAAGUGCAUUUCUUUAAUCUAGUGGACAAAUGC